CACUUCCGCUCCAACCCAUCCCGUAGCACGGCCGCGACUUCCUGUCCCAGGGCUGUCUAUACUGAAUCAUGGACCACAAUGACAAUGAUUUGCAAGGCACAAAUAGUUCAGGAUCAUUGGGUGGCCUUGAUGUUCGGCGACGUAUCCCUAUAAAGCUCAUUUCCAAACAGACGAACAAAGCUAAACCUACACUACCUCGUCCUGCAAGAACUAUGAAUAGAGUGCCAUCUAAACCUGGUGAAGAAGAUGAUUUUGACUACAAUGAAGAAGAACGGUAUGAAUGCAAAGGUGGUGACGUGUUUAGUAAUCAAAGAAGGUUCCCUGGACACCUCUUCUGGGACUUUAAGAUCAAUUUACUUGGAGAGAAGGAUGACACCCCAGUCCAUUUCUGUGAUAAGUGUGGACUACCCAUCAAAAUGUAUGGACGCAUGAUACCCUGCAAGCAUGUUUUCUGCUAUGAUUGUGCUAUUUUACAUGAGAAGAAAGGUGACAAAAUGUGCCCAGGGAUGAAUUUCCACAGUCAUUUUGGUUGGGGAAACCUAUCCAUAAGCUGUAAUGAGCCUGUGCAACGAAUUGAGCAGUGUGUACGAGGGUCUCUCUUCAUGUGUAGUAUUGUGCAAGGGUGCAAGAGAACCUAUUUAUCCCAGAGAGACUUACAGGCUCACAUCAACCACCGUCAUAUGAGAGCUGGCAAGCCAGUUGCGCGCCCUCCACUGGAACCUGUUCAUCCUCCUAUUGCUCCUCCUCCUGCUGAAAUCCCAGAGCGGUUCAUAAUGCCACCUGAUAAGCAUCAUCUGAGCCACAUUCCACCAAAGCAGCACAUCAUGAUGCCACCUCCACCAUUGCAGCACGUGCCACACGAGCAUUAUAACCAGCCACAUGAAGAUAUUCGUGCGUCUCCGGCAGAGAUGUCCAUGGCUCCUCCUCCCCCUCGCUCGGUCAGUCAAGAUACCUUUCGCAUAUCCACAAGAAAACACAGCAAUCUUAUAACUGUCCCUAUUCAGGAUGAUUCAAAUUCUGGUACUCGAGAACCACCUCCACCAGCCCCAGCACCUGCUCACCAUCAUCCUGAAUAUCAGGGCCAACCAGUGGUAUCCCACCCUCAUCAUAUUAUGCCACCACAGCAACAUUAUGCACCGCCCCCUCCACCCCCUCCACCAAUAAGUCAUCCAAUGCAACAUCCUCCCCAGACAGCAGGUACUCAUCUGGUGUAUAGUCAAGCUCCACCUCCUCCGAUGACCUCUGCUCCUCCACCAAUAACCCCUCCCCCCGGACACAUUAUUGCCCAACUGCCACCAUAUAUGAACCAUCCUCCACCUGGACCACCACCUCCUCAGCAUGGUGGCCCACCUGUAAAUGUAAAUGCACCCCCUCCCCAUCACUAUAACCCUAAUGCUUUGCCAAAGUUCAAUGAAGACCAAGGAACUCUCAGCCCUCCUUUCACUCAGCCGGGGGGAAUGAGUCCAGGUAUGUGGCCGGCUCCUAGAGGGCCCCCACCACCACCAAGAAUGCAAGGUCCACCUUCACAAGCUCCACUUCCUGGACCACACCACCCUGAUCAAGCGAGAUAUAGGCCAUACUAUCAAUGAUGUUAAAAGUAAUUUGAACUGAAGUAUGAUAUAGGAAGGAUAACAUUCUAAACAGCAGCCUUUUAAUGAAUCUGACUGUUUGGGGGGAGUUCUCUUGUUUUGCUUUGUUAAUUUGAAGAUUAAAUAUGUGACUGUAAAACUCUGGGGACUUAAAUCUUAAGGUAAAAUUUUAAAACCUUGAUCGUAGGACUGAUAUACUGUAGUGCUAAGUGGCUCUGUAGUUGACAGCUACAUUUUAGCAGACAUUGUACCUGUAGUCUGGUUGAACUACCCCAGAGAUGAUCAUUUGUAAUAUUUCCCAGACAACAACAUUUAUUGUACCACUUUAAAGUAUUUUUGUUAAAUCUAAUAGUUUCAUUUGUGAUACGUUUUCUUUUUUGUCAGCUUGUGUAUAAUUAAAUUUAAAACAUGGUCUAAAAA